AUGGCACAACAUUAUAUCUCCCAGCCACUGGCCAUAGUAGAGUCGCCUCAGAUCAAUAUCACCUCGACCGACAUCCCCGAAAUCCCCGAUAUCUUGUGCAUAGUAGUCUAUAGGCUCAUACAAGCCAAAAUACCAUCAACCUUCAACGGUAUCAUGGGAACAGAGAAACAGAACCCCGAGCCCUCCGACCUGGCCUGCACCAGAUGUCGCGAACGCAAGAUCAGAUGUGGCCGCGAGCGCCCGCACUGCCGCAGCUGCGAACGCGAAGAUGUUCCCUGUGUGUACCAGAACCCGGUGAAACGAGUCAACCACUUAAAACUCCUGUGUGACAGUGUCGACCGACUGCAGGACCGACUGACCUCGAUUGAAUCGCAUCUGAGUCGGCUGCAUAAUCCAGAGGUAUCUGUUUCAGCGCGACAAUCGCCACGGGUAGACAUGGGCUCAGAGACGAUCCCUGAAUCCCGCUGGAAGAGUCUCCCGUCAUUGCCGUCCCUUUGCCGAGGGUUUCAAGGCCGCGUGCGCGAAGCUGGACGGACCACGGCGGCUAUCGAUAGUUCACUGGAAUCGGUCUGCGUGCAUGCAUCUACAACAGAACCAUUUCCGCCAUAUAGCGAUGUGACGGUACCUCUCCUGCCCAAACCGCAGGUGAGCGCUGCAAUCGAGCAUUUCCUCCACAAUGUCGACGUUCAGACAGAUGUGUUUGAGCAGGAACAUCUGCGUGCGCAGCUAGACCGUGUGUAUAAGCAACCGGAUGACGCGUGGGCGAUCUGCUUCAAGACUAUCACGUUAUUAGUGUUGGGUCUGGAGAUUGCUCGCGCGGGAGUCUUGUUUGGUGAUUUUGCGCGCUCGAUGCUACCGAGCCGCGCGUCGCUGGUUAGCUCGAGAUUGUUAACGAAGGAGAGAUUGGUCAAUGUGCAGACCCUUAUUCUGCUUAGCGUUGCAGCACAGCAGUUGGAUCCGCCGGACUGGACGGAGCUGAUCUUCGCAAAUGCAUGCCUAUUGGCGCGCAGCAUGCGUCUUCAUGGCACGUUGGACGAGAACUCGCAUGAGACGACCAAAGUGCUGCAGGCUCUGUAUGCACGCGAUCGCAGUCUGUGCAUUGCUCGUGGAUCACUCUGCUGGUUGCCAAGGGAGGAUUUUAACCUCACCGGACAGAUGGCUGCCAUGUCGCGUGAGAGCUUAUACGCACAGCAAUUGCGACUGGCCGUCAUCCAGGAUGAAAUCUACCGAGUAGCUCAUACGAGUUCGUCGAUGCAGCCUGUUGAGACACAGCUGGAUCAGUAUGCUGUUGAGAGUGGAGUCUUAUGCGGCCCAACACCUACAAUAGUGUGUCGAGUAGUGUCGGUCUUGGAGUUUCUAUCUGCGCGGAUUCUGACGUUCUGCUCGCAGUCCCAGUCUCCACAGGCCCAUAUGGACGCUCGUACCAGCUGUCUAUUACUUCUUAUAGCAUAUGGGGACCAGAGUCGCGAGGUCCAAGACGCUUUGCGGGCUAUACUCCCCGGGACAGAAACAUCAGGGCCAGAACCACCAUGCAGCCCGUUCUUCACUCCGCUAGAUACCUUCUCCUUACCAGGGCUUUUCCUCCUCCUAGAAGACCAACUAGUCACACAGGAUACUACUACCCAAUCGCUGUCCAACAGGGACCUCCUUGGCCGCGUGUCAACCUGCUACACGGAGCAAACAUCUCGCCUCCCACCAUCCCACCACCACCGCAGAGUUUCCUCAAUCCUGACCCAACUCCUCCACGUCAUCGACAAGAUCCGUACUUCCCGAGAAACAUCAUCCGCGCCCAUAAACCAAUCGAGUGGGGAGUCCAUCGACUCUGAACUCCCAGAAAUCUGGCCACCACCGCCUCCUCCGUCAAGCGCUUCCUUGACAUGGGACAGCUGGUUGUCUGUCUCAUCACCAUUGGGGGCACCGUCUCUUGGACCUCCUACUCCGCUUCCGUCUAUGCGUGUUGCAUCGCCGGAUUUGUUAACUCAAAUGCUAAUAUCAUCACAGGGGUUGGAGGAUACGGAUGCGUUGUCUUGGUCGAUUCUUGAGGAACCGGGAAGGAAAAGAAGGAGAGAGGAUGGGGGAAUGUAA